AAAAAAAAAAUGAGAGCACUCAUCACAAUUUGCUUAGUGGCUGCUGUAUUUGCCGCAGAUACAAACAAAUUUGCUGUCCUCCUCCAAACUGGUACAAGAGGAAAUGAUGCUGUUGAAUCAGUGUACAACCUCUUGAGAGAUCUCAAGACAGAGAAUGUUAAUGUCUAAGCUGCUGCAGACAAAAAGAAUAACACUGAUGAGGAAAUCUUCUCUUAAGUUAUCGGUGACUUGACAAAUGUCGCCUCCCUCAAUAAAUAAUAAUGGGAAGCCCUCGGUGGAGUUAGAGGUGAUGUUGAAGCCUAAGUCAGGGAUGGAUAUUAAUGGUUGGCCUGGGCUGAAGGCAGACUUGCUGAAAUCGAAAGAAGAAAUGCAUAACUCUAAGAUUAAAGAUGUUGGGCCAAUGGACUCUUCGUCAGAUCCCUUGCUGAUCAUGCUGAUGCCAUCGGAGUAGUCACACUCUUGACUCAAGACGUUGCUGGAUUCCUCACAAACAAUGCUGGAGUUGAACUCGUUGAAAAAGCCUAAACAAUCGCUGACAAAUUGUCUGCCUACAGUCACCUCUUCUAAUAAGACGCCAUCGAGAAAUUCCAAUCCCUUGCCGAAGUUAAGAGAGAAGGAACAACUGGAGAACAAGUCCUUUCAAUCUUAUAAGAUUUACAAGGAGAAUUGGAAUCAACACUCGCCUAACUCUAAGAAUAAGAAAUCCACGCUGCUUUCGCUCUUGCCAAAUACGUUUCAGACACAAAUGCUGAAGUCGCAUGGUUGAACUCCGAACACGAAAGAAGAACAAACCUUGUUGAAAAAUUGGAAACCUAACUCCCAGCCGUCUUAGCCCAAUAAGCCAAGGCCCUCAAAUUAUGGAAAGAUUCAUUAAACGCCGUUGCUGGUGCCACUGCUGACUUGGAAGAAAAGAGAGAAUUCUAUGCCUCAGAAACCGUCAGAAGAGCAGAGGAAAAUGCUAUCAUUGAUGUCGUUAUCCAACUCUUCAAAGAUUAAGUCAGAUCAUUAGCUUCAUAAACAUCCCUUAAAAGAUAUUGAUGGGAUUAUUCAUAUAAGAAUUUAUCUUAAUUCAUUCAUUCCC